AGUGUGAACGUCUCCGGUCGCUUGCAGUCGUAGUAUAGUGCUUGUGCUGUUUCAGUGUCUCGCGAAGCUCGCUGGGGCGCGGACGGGCGAGUGAGUGGCGCAUGAUGAUGUGAAUUGGCAGACAUGUGUGCCUCCGUCUACUCCUCCCUGCUCCUUUUCACCCUUACCACCAUCUCCAUUUUUUUCGGUACGAGGAUGGCAACCGAAGGCCUGCCGCUUGUUCGACAGGAGCGCGGUGCCGAAGACAGAGGUCUUCUAGCAGGAGCCGAUUUCCUCUCCGUAUUCAUGAGUUCGUCCCUUCGUCAAGCCUACCGAGAAACCACCACAUCGACCACCACCCAACCAACGACCAUCCCCACAACUUGGGAGCCAGACGACAACUCCUUCAGUCGUGCAACUCGAAGCACCUCACUUCUAACGUCAUCACCGAUUGCUCAAUCUAACACGGAAGAAACUAGUUUUUAUGACACGACUCUAAGUGCUCAAUUACAAAAACUCGAACAUUCCAGUGACUCUAGUGUGAACGAUGGUGUUGUCGUUGCCGUGAGCGUUUCGUCUUCUAUAGGUAGGACACUAAUUAAUAAAGAAAAUACGGAUGAACAAAUUGAAGAUACCACGAUUAGGGAAAGUGCAACCGAGACGACGGAGUUUUCUGAUCAGAAUUUUGUGGCUUCUGAGGAACACCCUAGUAUAGUAGCUGAAGCGAACAAGAGCGAAUUUAGCGUUGAAGAGAGUGAACCGAUUACGACCAACAGGGAGCCGACUGGGGAUUUUGCGAGGGGUUACCCGGCAAGUGUACAUCCGUUGCCGAGGCAUCAAAGUUCGUUUAAUCCGACUUCUGAUUUUAUAAAUCAGCAGUUAAAUGAAAAUGCGAGUAAAGGGAAACUGCAACCAAUUCACCAAACAGUCAUUUACCACAACAAUCCCAGAGAGCCAGGAAGGGCUAGAUCCGUCUCUUAUAGUACUGUCAUCCAGUCAGUGCCCAACCCAAAUGCUGAGAAGGAGUGGGAAAACGAUAAGCAUGACAGACAUGAACGACACUUUGACGGUAGUCAGACUACUUUUAAUAACAAUUUCAAUAAUGAAGCUGAUAGAACCAAUCUCAACAAUACUCAAACCACCGACCUGAGCACCAAGGCUGAUCUCAACUGGCAGAAAUCUACAAAUACUCAAACUUCUGAUGCGUCUACAAACAAAAAUAGUUUUACCACUGAACGCAACUGGGAAAUUCAAGAAAAACCAUACACACAAGCACUACCUACGGUUUAUGGCAAACCAGAACAGAACUAUGAGAUAGAUGAAUCAGCAAGCGUGAUGACCAACGGUCGUAUUCAUGGAAUACAACCAACUCCCACUCUUCCCUCCAAACAAGAAAUUAAAAUUGGCGAAAGUAGAAAAGUAGAUGAUAAUCAAAAAGUCGGCUAUGUCGUUGAAGGACGAAAUUAUAGAAAAUAUAGAGUGGAAGAAAGAACGUCGGAUGGGUUCAUUGUAGGUGAAUAUGGUGUUGUUAGUCACGAUGAUGGAUCACUGCGAGGAGUACGCUAUACCGCAGAUGGAACGAUAAGCCCUAGGUUAAUAUAUGAUGCUCUGAUGAAGUUCUUGUCUUUGUGAUCGAAACACGGUGCCUAAUUUGCAAUACUUGCCUUCGUACUGAUUUAAUCUAGUUCCUCCGUAUAAACUCGGUCUUAUUUCAUAGUUAAACGAGACUUGAGUGAUGAAGUGAGCGUAAACUGUAUGUAGCAGCAAAUUUAAAUUUACGUGCUAAUUUUAAAGUUGGCAGGCUUUUAACAAUAAUCGACUAUUUGCUCAUAACUACCUAUUUAAUUAAUUAGUUCAUUGACGACAUGUUUUUGUAUUUAACUGUAACGAAAUUUUGUAAUUUAAGUAAUAAAAUUUUUAUGAAAUGA